AUGCACCAUCAUCUCAUCGAAGGUCUUAAGGAUCAGUACAUGACAAUUGAGAGUCCACUCGAUCUUUGGAAUGCUUUAAAGCACAGAUAUGAUCACCAAAAGAUGGUGUUGCUUCCAAAGGCAAGACACGACUGGAUGCAUCUCAGGUUCAUGGAUUUUAAUUCCGUGGACGAGUAUAAUUCAGCCUUAUUCAAAAUCGUUUCUAUACUAAGGCUGUGUGGUGAAGAAGUGUCCGAUGUGAUGAUGCUUGAAAAGACCUAUACGACUUUCAAUCAGUCGAAUUCUGUGUUGCAGCAGCAGUACAUGACAAAAGGCAACAAUGAACUCCUUAUGAAAAAUAGUGGAGCAAGGCCGGUCGGGACAGCACCAUUACCCGAAGCCCAUGACGUUGAAAAGAAAGAUCCCAAAGAGACCUACUACACCCAUGAUAAUAGGAGACCACACGGCAAUGGCCGUGGUGGGUACAGGGGUCGUAGGCGUGACAAUCAUAACGGUAGAGGUAGCUACUCAACCGGCCGAAGUGGAAACCACAAUAACCGUGGUCGUGGUUCCAAUUACGGUCGGGGUCGAGGGAGUUAUGGCCGUGGACGAGGUGGCAUAUCCAAACCAUCUUACACGUCCAAGUCCUUAUGUCACAGAUGUGGGAUGGACAAUCAUUGGGCCAAGAACUGCAGAACUCCAAAGCACUUGUGCGAACUCUAUCAAGAGAGUAUCAAGAACAAGAACCCGGAGGCAAAUAUGAUCCAAGAGAACGGUCAAGAUGAUAAGGGAUAUGAUGCUGACAAUGAAUCCGACAGGGAUAGCAAAGAUGACCAGAUGGAUUUUGAGACGUCCGACUGUCUAAAGGACUAG